CGUUAUACAAUAAUGAUAGACGCUAUCUAAUCGUUGUAAUCAUGUAUCGUGUAUUUAAUUCUUGGUUUAUUUUUUGUACUGCGUUUUCCUGGUUGAUUCCUGGCGUUGUCUACACCAACAGGUCAACUGGAACUGGAUGGAGUGAUAUACUAAACGCGUUCAAAAACAAUCGUGAUCCUGUACAACCAAAGCCUAGCAAUGCCCAGCACUUGGGUAAAUCCCACCCCUGCACUAGGUACUCAUCAUGGAACCGUGUAAAUCCCAUAUGGGAUAAUAUGUUACUAAAGCAAAACAUGGUUGUAUGUAGGAAAAACUAUGGCGCUGAUGGUAAUUGCCUAUUCAACGCAGUAUCGGGUAUUCUUCGUGACCACAAGGUUUCACGGGAUACGCUUCAACUCAAACUGACUAACUUGCCGGCUGCGGUAUCACUGUCUUUAGAUGAUAUGCAAUUCCAGGAUACUUACUACACUGUUGGCGACUUGCGCAGAAUAAUUGCGGUAAGGUUCAUUGGUGUAGACCCUCACAAUGAAAAUGCAUUACCAUUCUGGGACGUAUCGGAACUAGUUGGAAAAUUGGAAGUACUCUCCAACGUAGAAGGCACUCAAGAUUUCGGCGACAUCAGGUGGGGACCUACCAAAAUCCUAAGAGAAAUAAGACAAAAUGGCGAUUUGCUUGAUAUUGCCAAAAGGCUAUACGCCAUGCUAUCUCAGGUGCAGAACCCUUACAGUUGGGGUUCCUAUGAGGAUAUCGAUACCAUGGCCGAUAUUUUUAACAUGGACAUAUACCUCUUCUUUAGUGACCAGACUAAGAUCCAGAGGUUUGUAGGCUCAAGGCCUGAUAACGAACAACGCCCAGUUCUGUUGUUGUACUACCACGUUAUGACGCACUUUGAUGCUGCGGGUAUAAUACAAAAUGCAACGUCGAAUAAGGGGCAGCCCAUUAGAAGUAUGUUUUCUAUUGACGGAUGCCCUAAGUUGAUACGUCAACUUGCAGCUCAGUAAAAGAGAUGCCACAUCACCGAUGUUUUGUAAGCAUCGGUAGUCAAUUCACAUGUAGUCACUCUUUUACUAAUGCAUUCAUAAUUAUUGAAUGCCACAGUUGUACAUAUAGCAAUUUAUUAUACUAGCCAAUAGGCACUCCUGAUUACAUGGUCUCGGGAUUUAUAUAGAUAUCUCCCGAA